AUGCUGCUGCUUGAGAAUGGGAAUAGCAGUGAAGACACGUCAGAAGGUAGCGAUGGACCACCUUCUCCAAAGCGUGCAAGAAUUAAUGACGAAGGUCUCAUUGCAGAGGCUGUAUUAGCCUAUGCUGCAAGCGUUGGCGAGGCGGACGACGCUCCAUCAACAUACAGCCAAGCGUCAAAAGGCGAAGACAACAGCAAGUGGAUUCAAGCGAUGCAAGCGGAGCUCAAGGCGCACGCCGAUAACGGGUCCUGGACACUGGUACCAAAACGGCAAGACAUUCGACCAAUCAGGUGCAGAUGGAUAUUCGCUAAGAAGCGAAACGAACACGGACAAGUGGUGCGCUACAAAGCUCGACUCGUCGCAAAGGGGUUCAAGCAGAAAUUCGGUGUCGACUUCUUCGAGACGUACUCUCCCGUGGCAAACAUGAACUUGAUCAGGGUUGUGCUAGCUGUGGUGGUGACAAAGGGAUACGUCACUGAGCAGCUGGACGUAGACACGGCGUUCUUGAACAGUGAUCUCAAGGAAGAGGUGUACAUGGAAGUGCCAAAUGGCAUAGCUGAUGCGGAGAAGAUGAUGUGCAAGUUGGACAAGGCAAUCUACGGUCUCAAGCAGGCUGCAAGUGCGUGGAACAAGACAAUCCAUGCUGUAUUCUUACAGAUCGGAUUUCGUAGCAGCGGAGCAGAUCAGUGUAUCCACGUCAAGCAUCAAGAUGACAACUAUGUCUAUGUUUGUCUCUACGUCGACGACAUGAUCAUCGCCGCCAAGACCAGCAGGGAGAUUCAAGAGGUCAAGACAGCACUCAAGAGCUCAUUUCGUAUGAAGGAGCUAGGCAAGGCUAAAGUUAUUCUUGGCGUGGAGAUUGAUCAUGACCACAACUGCAGUAAGCUGAUGAUUCGACAGACUCGAUACAUCGAUGAUGUGGCCAGCCGUUUUAAUCAAGAGGACGCAAAGGCAGUUAUUAACCCAUGA